GUAGAUAUAAUAACAUAAACUAGUCAGCAACCUAGUCACCGAAAAAUCAAAAAUGGAAAGAGAAGAAGAAAAUACAGUGAAGUUUGAUAAAUGGGGGUACCCUGUUAGAACUUCCUCUGAUUCUUGCAUUUCUGCGAUUAAUUCUUACUAUGUAGAGGUUCUUAGUUAUGGGAGAAAACCAUCAGUGAUACUUGAAGCACCAACUCAUGAUCAAAGCUGUGUUCUUGCUAAUACUUUAGCUGGUUAUUUAGUCUCUUCGUCUAAUCCUUCAAAAAGCCAAUUUCAUUUCUCAUCUGCUAAAUCUCAACUAAAAUAUGCCACUUCUUAUGAAAAGGCUGUAUUUGAUGCUAUCUCUAGCUUGGUUGUUAAAGACAGGGAUGAUCAUUUGGCAUAUGAAUUGCACUCAAAGCUGUUGAAACAGUUCCCAAAAGACUUGGCAUCUCUGAAAAGGGGACAAAUUCUGUGCUUUUACAUGGGUAGACCUGAUAUGUGUUUGAGUCUUGUUGAGCAGGUUUUACCACAAAAUCAAGAAGAGGACUACAUCCACGGAAUUCUUUCUUUUCCUUUAUUAGAACUUGGCAGAAUGGAAGAUGCUGAAAAGGCUGCAAGGAAGGGAUUGGAAAUCAAUAUGUAUGACGUCUGGUCGCAGCAUGGUUUAUGCCAUGUUCUUCAAUAUGAAUGCCACUUCAAGGAGGCAACAGAGUUCAUGGAGAAGUGUUCAUCUUCGUGGGGAUCUUGUUCAUCAUUUAUGUUCACGCACAAUUGGUGGCAUGUUGCCGUCUGUUAUUUGGAGGGUUAUUCUCCAAUCUCCAAAGUCUUGGAAGUUUAUGACCACCAUAUCUGGAAAGAGUUGCAAAGAAUUGAUGCUUCACGUAUAGAGGUCUAUCUGAAUGCUCUAGCUUUGUUGAUGCGGGUAUAUGUACGCGGUCAUAUUAGUGCAUUUGGGGACCGCCUGAAGAUCUUGGUGGAUUGUCUUACUGACCAAUCUGUCUGGCAUAUUGAGUGGCAUCUGGAUAUAUUAAUAUUAUGGGCCUUAGCUAGCACCAACAAAAUUGCUGAAGCAGAAAGUUUACUCAAUACAAUGAAAUCCAGGAAGAAGAAAGAAUCUCUGCAGACAGGAAUCCUGCUUGCAGAAGCCUCACUUGAAUUUGGGCAAGGAAAUCACGAAAAGGCAUUUGAAUUGCUAGGCCCAGACUUUGAUACUUGUAACUGCAAGAUAAUUGGGGCAUCAGAUGAACAGCUUGAUGUAUUUAGCGAAGUUUGGUACUGUGUUCUGUUGAACACGGGACGAUUCCAGAAGGCAAUCGACCAAAUUGAGAAGCGGAUUAAGCAGACCGAAGGAGUUCCUUUCUUGUGGCGUUUGCUGGAGAGAGGUUAUUCUAUGGCAGGAAGAGAAGAUGUGAACGAGAUAUCAGAAAGAGCCAAAUUUUUGGAGUCUGCGUAUUUUUGACAGCUGGUCCCUUUAGCGGCUGUUGCUGUUGUUGUUGUAACAUUAUGUUAAUCUAGACAUCACAAGUCCUACGAUGUACUAAUAUUUAUGAUGCCUACCAGCCGUGUGCUUAGAAAAUGGUACAUUUGUGAUUUCAAUAAGUUGCCUUCACGAGUCGACACAAGUCGAAACUCAGACGGCAAAUUAAGAAUGUAAAGAUAGGAAACCAUGAAUAAAAAAACUCACCUUUCAUUGAGA